AUGAUAACUUCUGAGUGCAAGAAGGUUGAGCGUUUUAAUUGGGGGUUAACUCCUCCAAUCCAUGGGAAUGUGAUUUUUGCGAACCCCUCAAUGUUCGAUAGUGCUAAGUUCCUGGCGCAGAAGUUGUACGACCAUGGGGAUAACAAGGGCACGAAGACUUCCGGCGCCGAUACCAAAAAAGAGGAUAACAACAAGAAAAACCGGGGAAACAAAAGAAAAAGGCAACAGACUCAUGAAUCAUCCAAGAAACAACAAACCGUAGCAGUCCACACUGCUACCACUCAAAUCACACCAACUCCAGCUGCACCAGCAUUAACCACAUCGACACCUGCAAGGCCUUAUGCAAGCACUCUACCAAAGUGUGAUAAAUGCAAUUUCCACCACAACGGCGCAUGUCGAGACUUACAGUGCACCAACUGCAAUCGUAAAGGGCACACUGCCCGGUAUUGCAGAUCUCAACCACAACAAAACAACCAACCCAACAAUGUCGGGGCAAGUCAGGCAUGUUACGGGUGUGGAGAAACCGGUCAUUAUAAAAGGAACUGUCCCAAGGCAAACAACCAAAAUGAAGGAGGGUCAAAUAGAGUCCUAGCUAUGGGACAAGGAGAGGUAGUGCAAGAUCCGUCCAUAGUCAUUAGUACGUUUCCCCUCAACAACAUCUAUGCAUGCAUUUUAUUUGAUAGUGGGGCAGAACGGACUUUCGUGAGUCAUAAAUUCAAACAUUUACUAAAUCAAAAUCCCCAAAAGUUAAGUGAAACCUUCAUGGUGGAAAUGGCUAAUGGGAAAACUGAAACAACAAACGACAUUUUCAUAGGGUGCACGUUAACAUUAAAUAAUCACUCGUUUCAAAUCAACUUGAUGUCGUUUAAUAUUAGAAUCUUUGAUGUGAUAAUCGGUAUGGAUUGGUUAAGCCCCUACCAUGCCAAUAUUAUGUGCCACGAGAAGGUCGUUUGCCUUCACAUACCCACCAACGAAACACAAAUUAUCUACGACGAUAAAUCCGGUGCAAACCUUCAUCUUAUCUCGUGCAUCAAGGCACAAAAGUUCUUGCAUAACAAGAAUCACGCCUUUCUAGCCCACGUAGUGGACAAACAGAAAGAAGGGAAGAACAUCAAGGAUAUCCCGAAGGUAUGUAAUUUUCCAGACGUAUUUCCUGAAGACCUCCCGGGAAUACCCCCGAGCGACAGGUCGAAUUUCGAAUUAACCUAUUAA